UUUGCUUUUUGUCUUGAUAACUUACUUCCACGUCAGCAAGAAGUUGUAUGGCCUGUGUUUUUUGAAAUGUGUUCUUGCUUCCAGUUGUUUAUUACUUGGGUAAGGUGCAUAUGCCUUAAGUGCAGCCUUGAAUGCAUAAAACACUUUGUCUUUACCUUGUGGUACCUGAUGCUACUUCUGCUACUUUGUAGUGUGGGCACUCCCAAAUUUUCUCUAAUUUGUGAUGUCACCUGGGGGGACUUGGUUGGGGCCCUUGAGGUUGAGGAACCUUGAUAUGACUUUGAAUGUAAACACUGGGAUUUUGAAUUGAAAAUUUCUUUACCUUUCUAUCUAAUUGAGAAUAAUUCUUUUAGGGAGUUAAUCUGAAUUCUGUGUCGCUCUGUUUGUCUCUCUCUCUCUGUUACUGUAUCUCUCUCUUCUCUCUGCCCCUCAUUUCCUGCUGGGCACAGUACUUAACAAAAGAUGCCAUGGUUUGAGUAUGGAAUUGUGGAAACCAACUCUUAAUCUUCUGGAUAUCAGUUCUGUUGUUUGAUUUAUCUUACAGUUCUGUGAAAUUAUAUUUAUUCUCUUCCUAUCUUCUGGAUUGAAAGUAAUAUCUGUCUUCUCAAAAAUUCAUUAAUUUUAUUUGGAAAUUGUAAUAAUAGUCAGGAAAGUGCUCCAUAUUCUCAUUGGUGAAUGAGACUGUCAGACUCCAGCCGUGGCUGAUCACUUACGUUGAUUUUUAUUACUUCCCUUUUUAUUUUUAUCAUUCAUUUUCUGACCUUUAAGAGUUGAUAUCUGCAAGUUUCUCUCCUACUUCUUCAUAAUUUUGCUGUAAAUAGCUAGCAGUUUAGUGUAUUUAUUUUGAUUGAAAAGUUCUCCAAAGUAUAUUCAGCUCAUUUAAUCCAGACUGGGAAGACAAAUUAAGAUUCUAAUGGCAGUCAGCUCCUCGUUGCAGUCACACAGGAUCUUGAAAUGACAGUGUACUAUUGACAUCUUUGUAAUGUAAUUGAAUUUCCUGAGCUGCUUGUAGUUUCAGUUUAAAACACGGCAUUGAAUUUUUCAAUCAUGAAGCAGUAAUACAAGUUAUUUUUCUUUAGGAAUCCUGAUUUAUGUGGAAGCACUUGCUGCAGUGGAUACAAUGUAGAGCAGUGUGUCUAGUGCAUCUGCAGAACAUUUGCUUUUGAAUUACUUUCCCACCUCUCUCUGACCUUAAUCAAAGAAAAAUUUCAGCUUACAGAAUUAUACUUUGGGGAAUAUUUAAAAACUUUGAAGAGUAAAACCAGGGCCAUAUAAUGGAAGUGCCUUCAUGGUAUUAGUUUUGGACUUUGUUGCAUAGUUGCAUCAUAAACUUGCUGUCUCUUCUUCUAAGGCUUUUUAAUAGUGUGGGGUUUUUCUUAAAUUCUCCAUAUUUAGGGGCACUUAGUUGAAAACUGGCUCUUGCUCUAAUUAAAUUUUUUAAUUAAGCUGUUGUGUUGUUUUUUUUUUUAAGCAUAAUCAAGGACACAUAAGUAGAAACAGAACAAAAGAAUGGAUUCUAGUUUUGCUUUUUUCAUUGUUUUGGUUUAUCAUGCUUAAGAUAAUGAUUUGUUAUCCCUCUGUGGACUGUUUGUGGGUUUUUAAAGAUUCUAGUGCAAUAUAGCUUUAUUUUCACUUUUCUGUUUAUUUAGAUAUUACUGCAAGGUAUCUUGAAGUUUGCUCCAUGCAAAAUGCUUUCUGGUGGGUUUGUUUUGUUUUGUUUUGUUUUGGUUGGUUGUUGUUUUGUGUUUCUUAAGUUUUUUGCUGAUCAGGUACAUUGCCAGAAAUUCAUAUGGUCCUGUCACUUAAUAAGGAACAUAGUCCCGUUCUUCCAACACUUGUCUUAAGUUUUGACGUGUGCAACUAUUCUGGAUAUGAGUCAUGUCACCUAUUUUUUACUAAUUUUGUUGUUGUUAUAACAUUGCUCAAAUUCCAGUGCUUCGUAGUUCAAUUACUUACCAAACUAGGACUCCUUGAGUUGUCUUGUUUGUUUAGCUGAGUUGAUGCAGUGCAGAGAGGGCAAAUCAGCUUUUUUGUUUUGGUUUUACAUAAACUAAUUUUUAAAUUUUGCUCAUUCUUUCAACUGGAGACAUGAAAAGGGUUAGUGGGAAUGGCAUGACAUUUAGUAUGAGUUGAAUCAGUAGUUUUAAUAAAACUACAACUAUAAUUCCUGUCUUCUAUCCAGGAUACCAUUUCUGGGUUUCUUACAUGGUAUUGUUUUGUGCAGUUUAGGAAACCAAUGGCAUCAUAAUCUCUGUAUUGCAGAAGGGAGGGAAACAUGGAUUGUGAACAAGGAGGGGAACUAGAAAGUCUCUGGAGCUGUGUGAUUGCUCAUAUAUAUUCCAAAUUAUGUUUUAGGCAUCUGGUUUGUUCUUGGAGAUCUCCUGCCUGUGGGUCUCGAAACCAGGUUUUAUUACUUAAUCAAUGAAGUGCCUGUAAAAGAAGGAGGGACUGUCUGUAGUCCUUGGCAAGAUGCUUUGACUGUUUUCAGUGUACACAAUGAUUUAUUCUUUGCUCUUUUGUGCUUCUGAGAAACAUAAGGGGUCUUGAUAAGAGAGUUGGCCUCAAAAUCAAACUGUAAAAUACAAGGGAGACUGACUUGUAGAAACUCUUUUGAGGAAAUAGCAUGUCUUGUGACUGCAGCCUUCAUUGGGAUCACUGUGAAGAUAAAGCAUUUGGGCUUAGUGCUGCACACACUGUUUUCAUUGCCUGUCUUGUGAUCUCCUAAUCAUUCUUGGAGAACCCACCCACAUGUACAAUAGUGGGAAUGCUAAAUUACUGCUAAUAUUUAUUAAAUUACUAAAAUGUAUUAAAUACAGUAAACGGUUCUCUUGAAUAUAUUGCUGGGUGUUCUAAGCCUGAGAUGCUGCAGUUUACAAUUUGGAAUAGUUGCAGUGGCACACUCCAUAGUUAGUGCUGAGCACUUCACUUAAGAACAGACAUUUUGAAAACAGAAGUAACUGGCUUACAAGAUAGGAAGGCCCUUGGCCAGAGCAGGGAUAGCUCAUGGUACUAUCAAUCUUGUUUCCUCUUUUUUUCUAGAAACAAGUUUGCUUGUGGUUUUGCAGGACAGUGACACGCCUCAUUGUUCACAACAGUUUUUUCUGUUUUGUUGAGGGUUUUUUCCCCCGUGUGUUCUUUUAAUACAAAGUAUACAGCUUGCACUGCCCUAUAAGAUAUACAGAUCAUAUCCAUUUUACAGUCAGUGUGUUCUGGAAGUCUUAAAACUCAAGAAAGUGACUUUGAGACAGAAACUACCAGCACAUGCUUUCUUUCCUCUGCCUUUUCUAGGGAGGCUUAUACAUGUGUUCUCUCUGUGGAUCCCAGACUGCAAAGUCAGUGACAACUUUUAUAUUUCAUUUAAUGUUGCCUCUUUUUUUCAUCAGUCACUUGAGAUCUCCUUGGGCAGCAGAACUGUCUGGAAAUUAUUUGGACAUUUCUAUCUUCUGGAUAGAUCUUCCUUUAUAAAUAGCUUUUACUGUUUGCAGCUUUAUUUAAUUUUUUUAAAACACUGAUAGAGCUGUUUACACUGAUUCUGUACACACACAUUAGGAAAGGCUUUUAGUGUUGGGCACAGCAUGCAACCACAAUGUCCUUUGGAGUGGUAAUAGAUUUGAAAGCUGAAGGGCACAGAGAAUAACUUUCUUCCCCAAUGGAGAAUUGAAUAACAUGAAAUAGAUAUUAUUCUUUGUAUCAAACCCAACUGUGCUCUCAGCAUGGGGGUACCACACUUGCCGCAAAAUUAGUAACACCAGAGAUGGGGAAGGGCCACGCUAAGAGAUGGGACCAUAAUCUCUGUAAGAUGCUGAAGUUUCUAACUGGAACAGUAAACCAUUUCAUAAUGCAUUAAAUAUCUUGACAUCCUUUCUUUAUGGCAAUCUUGUCUCCCUAUCUUUUUGUCAGUGUUUUCAGGGGUCCUGUACCACCAUGAAGUUUUACCAGUUUGCUUCUUUGCUUUGAUUUUCUAGAGGUUCAGUGUCGUAAAAGUGGCAAUUACAAGUGAGCUUAUAUCACUCUAAUGCUGGGAAUCCUUCAGGCUUCUUUGAGAACAGCUGGUACAGAGCAAGUAAAAGGCUUGGGGUUGGGCUCUGUAAUGCUCUUUCCAAAACUGUAAACAGCCCAGCAUGUUGUCCUGAAAUGCCCUGAAGGGAGAAAACUGUUAAGGAAAGAAAGCUGCCAAUUAUAUAAAAAUUUCUUGAGUCUCCACUUUCAGAAUUUCUGUGGUGCCCUGGACCACAUCCAGGGCAUCAGCUAAUCUUCCAGUUGUUGGACUCCACUUUUGGUCAUCCUGAUUAAACCAACCAAAACUGCUCCUGCCACCCCCCUCUCUCCAAAAAAAAAAAAAAAAAAAAAAAAAAAGAAAAAAAAAAAAAGACAAAGAAACAAAACAAAACACAAAAGACAAAAAAACCCUACAAAACCAAAAACCAACCCCCCUGAAAAAACAACAAGAAGAAUACAGAACAAUACCAAUCCCUGUUUAGGUAGUCAGCUGUUUAUCAGUUGUGAUAGCGUGGGUAUUUGUAAUAGAAGCUGUUGCUGAAUUAGUCCACCACUUGCCCAAACAGGUUUGAUCCAGUGAGCUGCAAGUUUUCUUUAUGCUGAGGCCCAAGAAGUAUUUUCAAACCCACUGCAUUUAAUUUAAACUUUGUUAGUCAGAUGGCUAAUGAGUAGCUAUAAAUAUGGUUUGUACUUCAGUAGUUUAUCUGCUAAUGGUCUUUAAUAACAUGCUGUCAUUGUUUGACUUAUAUUUGAGGAAAAUGUUUGGAAUUGAUUCAAGCUAAUUCAGACAGGAUAAAGCUUGGUCCCCAAAGGGGUCUAGGGUAACACUAAAGUCCCAGCAUCAUUCAAGGAUACAUUCAGUAUUUUCUGAAGAGAUCCCAGCUUUUAAAAAUGUUGAACAGGUUAGCAGGGUACUGGGAAGGCAUUUGAAGUCUGAGUUUUCUUUUGCUUAUUUUUCAAAUGGGAUAAAGACGUGAGUCAGAAGAAGCUGAAAAGAUGAGGGACAGUCCCUGAGGAAAAAACAUUAAGGUCAGACACUCAGGAAGCUCACAUGUUAAGUGUUUGUUAUAGCCAAAUCAGUUGAAUAAAUUAGGACACAUACACAGAGAUUUAGCUAAACUGUCUUAGGGUAUGUACUUCAUUUUAUAUAGUGGAGGUAACUUGGUCUUUCAGUAAGGUGAAACUAGAGGUUCACUGACUGCAGUUGUAGGUGUUAUCUGUCCCUUUAUUUUACAAUGUGUAAACUUGCCCAUGGCAUAAAUAAAGUUGUUUGUUAAACGUCUUGAUUUCCUUGUUGCUACUGUACUUGAGGGAACAUUAGUUCUUCUGAAAGGGCCAAAAUGUUGCUAGGUUGUCAGAGCUUGUUCUUUCUCGGGAGUAAUUGGGUUAUCCUACUUGUAGAUUAUCAGGGUCUCUUAAGUUAUGUAGUUUUUUUGGCCUUUACAGCAACCGAAAGGCUGUUCCAAAGCUUAAUGUUUUACAUCUCUUCAAACUUCCAUCUUAUUCCAGCUGCAGGUUUGAUCUUCCAUUGGUGUCCUGUUUCUGUGUUAAUUCUCAGGUUGUUGUAGCCCUUACUCCUUAAAUACACACAUAUAGAAUAUUCAGCUACUGUUUUCUUAAUUUUACUAGACAAAACUAGACUUACAGUUUCCCUCUGUAAAAUAGGCUUUUUGUUGCCUGUAUUGUUCUGAGCUGUCCUUCUCUUCCAUGCUGCUUACCAUCUGAAUCCAGUCAUUUCUGAACACGGGUGACUGGGCCUGUUUGCAGAAUCUCGACCAGGAUUUAUUAGCAUUUGGUGAAAAAAGAUUUUUGGUUUAGGAAUUCCUGUAUUAUAUUGUGCUUUUGGAUGUAUCUAUUCCAGCUAUCCUUGUUCUAGCUUUUUUGGGUCUGGGCUUUAUUAAUCUGUACAGUUGAUUUUAGGAAUUUGCUUGCAGCAUGACAUCUUGAGUUUUUGUGUUGCUUUCCAGUAAGACUUUUUUAUUUUGUAGAAUAAUUCCUACCUAACGUUUUUGCUGACUUUCACAGAUUCUCAAAAGAAGGCUUAUUUUACACUGUGGAGUUCAGCUUCUCUAAAAUACAUGAUCCCCAUGCUGUUUACAUUAAGCAUCAGGGAAUUUUCAGAUAGCUUGAAUUUCAUUGUGGAGAAUUUCUUUUCUAGGAAAAUGGAUGCCUUUACUUGUUCAUUUCUCCGGUACUCUUUACUGUACUUUUGCAAACGAAAACUGGUCUGCUUUAUUGAACUCAUUUUCCUGGGUUAUGUCUUCAGGCAGCUCCUCCCUGUAAGCUGCAGCUGUCUUAAUCUGUUCAGGGUUUGGUUUUUUUUUUUGGGUGAGUGGGAAGAAAGAAAGGUUUGCUAAUGACCAUUCUGUCAUUUAACAAUUCAUCUCCUGUGUUCGUUAACCUUUUUUCCCCUGUAUGUGUUUUUUGCUUUUUAAAGUUACUACUUCCUUUUUCUUCUCUGUUGAAUGUUGGCUGUUUUGUUCAGUGUAACAUGAACUGAAGAGGAUUUAUCUUCAGAUCUUUAUGUUCUAAAGAGAUGGCAGAGUAGUAUGCGCGCUCUGCUGGGUUCUAAAGGUAAUAGCAUCUCAGCAAAGUUUCUUAGUUUACCUAUUCAAAGAAACUUUCCUGGAGAGCUUUUGUGGCAAACUCCAAUCUACACCACCACUCAAAAGCUGUGUAACUUGGUUGCUGUUAGAGUCACUGUAUUUAGUUCUUUCAAAUAAUUCACUUUCUUUCUCUAGACAAUGUGUAUUAAUGCUUUCCUUUGCAGCUCAAAGUGUAUCAAAAGCAUUAGUCUUUGCCGCUGUGCAUAACUGGGGUGAACUGUUGUUCCAAGAGCAAUGUAGAUCAAAAGAUGAUGUGUGGACAGGUGGAAUGAAUAAUCUUAAAAGAGUUGGCCAAGAUGCCGCUGCAGUGUAAGGUUUGGUCCAAUAUAUGAUUAUUUUUAUACGUUGUAAGCUGUUGUGAUAGAGCUGGAAGUAAUUUGGACUUGAGAUCUAUCAGUCAUCUGACCUUUGUAGUGAUAAUAAUUACUGUUAUUGAAAUUCGAAUUAUUCCCUGGAGACUCCUCUGUCAUAUUGUCAAUUUUGUAGUACUGUUCCUCUAGCUAUCAGUCACACCUCCCAGAUAGUACUUAAAUCUUCAAAGUGUAAUCUUUUCUUCUUUAUUGUAUACAGCAAGAGAUGAAGAGAAGGGAAAAAGUUUCAAAGCCAAGUUUUAAUUCCCUUUAGGUGUGUUGUGCCUAGGGCAUGUGUACAAGGAAAGAGAUGGAUACUUUCCAAGUAAUCUUUCACUGCAGAGAUGUCAAAGCUGGGCCUAUAUUGUGGAAGCAGGUAGCAAAGGCUGUUGGAGAGGGUAGAUUUUUUUUCUUCUUAAAUCUACUACUUUGAGAUUUAAAGCUCUUACUUCAUCUAGGUGAUCAAGGUAAAAGCUGCCUUCCUUAUCUGUGUCUUAUCUUUCUAGGUUUCCAUGAAGAUAAACAACUGAAAUGUGGAUAGCCUGUUUGUAGCUCGGUGGUAGUUGUCAUCUGGAACCUGCUGGUAUCUCCUCUGAGUAGCUGGUAUAGUGUUGGCAGCUGAGAGCCAUGAAGGUUGUCCCAGAGAAGAAUGCCGUCCGCAUCCUGUGGGGUAGGGAACGGGGUACCCAAGCCUUGGGUGCUCAGCGGCUUCUGCAGGAGUUGGUGGAGGAUAAAACUCGAUGGAUGAAAUGGGAGGGCAAGAAAGUUGAGUUACCAGACAGUCCACGCUCCACCUUCUUGCUGGCGUUUAGUCCAGACAGGACCCUAAUGGCUUCCACACAUGUGAACCACAACAUCUACAUCACAGAGGUGAAAACGGGCAAGUGUGUUCAUUCCUUGGUUGGACAUCGCCGCACUCCCUGGUGUGUCACCUUCCAUCCCACCAUCCCAGGCCUCAUUGCUUCAGGAUGCCUAGAUGGGGAGGUUAGAAUUUGGGAUUUACAUGGUGGAAGUGAGAGCUGGUUCACAGACAGCAACAAUGCCAUUGCAUCACUUGCUUUUCAUCCUACGGCUCAGCUCUUGCUGAUUGCUACUGCCAAUGAGAUACAUUUCUGGGACUGGAGUCGUCGGGAGCCUUUUGCAGUGGUGAAAACAGCCAGUGAAAUGGAGCGGGUCAGGCUGGUACGGUUUGAUCCCUUGGGACACUACUUGCUCACAGCAAUUGUUAACCCUUCUAACCAGCAGAGCGAUGAGGAAGUGGAAAUCUCCGUGGACAGCACAGAGAUGCCUCAUUAUCGUCAGCGCGCUAUCCUUCCGUCUCAGCCUGUGAGGCGCACGCCCCUCCUCCACAACUUCCUGCAUAUGUUGUCCUCCCGCUCCUCUGGCAUACAGGUGGGAGAGCAAAACAGUGUCCAAGACUCUGCUACCCCAUCCCCUCCACCGCCUCCACCACCACCACCUCCGCCUCCAGCCAGUGAGAACACAAGGGCAUCUGUCUAUAACAGGCUCCGGGAGCGAGUCAGCUAUCCCACAGCAGAGUGCUGCCAGCACCUGGGGAUGUUGUGCCUUUGCAGCCGAUGCUCUAGUGCAAGACUUCCUUCUUCUCUCUUCCCACACCAGGAAAAUGCACCCUCCACGUCUUCUGGGGCCACUGGCACUUCCUUCUCCUCUGUGCAGACAGAGCCUUAUCAACCCCCAGAGCAGGCAUCUGUAGCGCAGGACGAGCAGGGGAUACUUAACAGGCCCUCUGCUUUCAGCACAGUUCAGAGCAGCACUGCUGGCAACACCCUGCGCAACCUUAGCCUGGGCCCCACGCGGCGGUCCCUCAGCGGGCCCUUGGCAGGCCACCAGUCCCGGUACCAACAGUCUGCGAGAGAGAUGGCUUCAGGCUUAGGUGGGUCUGACUGGUCCAGGACAGUGCUGAACAUGAGCUCUCGGUCUGAGCUGGAAGCCAUGCCUCCCCCUAGGACCAGUGCCUCCUCUGUGAGCUUGCUGUCCGUGCUCAGACAGCAGGAGGGAGGUUCCCAGGCAUCAGUCUAUACCUCUGCAACAGAAGGGAGGGGCUUUCUGACCCCAGGGGCUGAGGUGAACAGUGGUAGUAGCGCUGGCCCGAGCAAUCCGGCCAGCAUCCGUAAUGAGCUCCAGUGUGAUUUGAGGCGAUUCUUCCUGGAAUAUGACCGGCUUCAGGAGUUAGAUCAGGGGAUUGGUGGGGAGCCCAGCCAGUCGCAACAGGCUCAAGAAAUGCUCAACAACAACAUUGAGCCUGAUCGACCGGGUCCCUCCCAUCAGCAGACUCCACACAGCAGUGAAAACAAUUCCAAUUUGUCCCGGGGUCACCUGAACCGCUGUCGUGCUUGUCAUAACCUGCUGACCUUUAACAAUGACACGCUGCGCUGGGAAAGAAGCACGCCUAGCUACCCACCAGGGCAGGUCCAAAGCACAUUUGAGGGUGUGCCUCCAAACACCAGCCAGGUGCAGCCUGCAGAGAGAACCGAGGGCAGAGCUCCUGCCUCUAGCAGACUGCAGCUGGGCAGCUCUUCCACCCCGCAGGAGGAGAGGACCGUGGGAUUGGUCUUUAACCAGGAGACGGGGCACUGGGAAAGAGUUUACAGCCAGUCGGCUUCAAGCAGACCUGGGAAUGUAUCACAGGAGGCCUUAAACCAGGAAAUGCCUGAGGAAAGCUCAGAGGAGGAUUCACUCAGGAGGAGGUUGCUGGAGUCUUCCCUCAUUUCAUUAUCUCGCUAUGAUGGAGCAGGAUCCCGGGAACAUCCGAUCUACCCAGAUCCCGCCAGAUUGUCUCCUGCUGUAUAUUAUGCUCAGAGGAUGAUCCAGUAUCUUUCCCGGAGGGACAGUAUUCGACAACGUUCUAUGCGAUACCAGCAAAACCGUCUCCGCUCUUCCUCCUCCUCUGCUUCCACUUCAGAGAACUCAAGCCCAUCUGUGGAGGGAAAUGAUCUGGAAUUUGAAGAUUUUGAAAGGGACAAUGGAGACCGAUCUAGGCACCGAGCUCCGCGGAACGCGCGCAUGUCUGCACCAUCGCUAGGGCGCUUUGUCCCAAGACGCUUUUUGCUGCCAGAAUAUUUGCCUUAUGCUGGGAUUUUCCAUGAACGGGGACAGCCUGGCUUGGCCACUCAUUCCUCUGUCAACAGGGUUUUGGCAGGUGCUGUGAUUGGGGAUGGACAAUCAGCUGUGGCCAGCAACAUUGCCAACACCACCUACCGGCUCCAGUGGUGGGAUUUCACUAAAUUUGAUCUGCCUGAAAUCAGCAAUGCCUCUGUGAAUGUGCUUGUCCAAAACUGCAAAAUUUACAACGAUGCUAGCUGUGAUAUCUCUGCUGAUGGGCAGCUGCUGGCAGCCUUCAUUCCCAGCAGUCAAAGAGGCUUCCCUGAUGAAGGAAUACUGGCUGUAUAUUCCCUGGCACCCCACAACUUGGGCGAGAUGCUUUACACAAAGCGAUUUGGCCCUAAUGCCAUUUCUGUGAGCCUGUCUCCAAUGGGCAGAUACGUUAUGGUGGGACUGGCUUCCCGACGUAUCCUGUUGCACCCCUCCACAGAACACAUGGUUGCUCAAGUCUUCAGGCUGCAACAGCCCCACGGUGGAGAAACCUCUAUGAGGAGAGUUUUCAACGUUCUGUACCCGAUGCCUGCCGACCAGAGAAGACAUGUCAGCAUAAACUCCGCUCGCUGGCUGCCCGAGCCAGGUCUGGGAUUGGCAUAUGGCACCAACAAAGGGGACCUGGUGAUUUGCCGACCAGAGGCCUUAAACUCUGGAGUUGAGUACCACUGGGACCAGCUGAAUGAGAACAUCUUUGCUGCGCAUUCCAGCAGCAGGAGCAUUGAGCGGCCUGGAACCAGCAGAGCCACAUGGAGGACAGACAGGGACAUGGGCCUGAUGAAUGCCAUAGGCCUGCAACCCCGAAAUCCCCCCACCUCUGUGACUUCGCAGGGUACCCAGACCUUGGCGCCUCAGCUGCAGAAUGCUGAGACUCAGACAGAGAGGGAGGUACAGGAGCAGGAAUCUGCCUCUGCAGGGACUGGGGAAGGGGAAGGUCCAGAAUAUGGAGCCAGUGGGGAGGAUGCCCUGAGUAGGAUUCAAAGGCUGAUGGCAGAAGGUGGCAUGACUGCCGUGGUUCAGCGGGAGCAGAGUACCACCAUGGCAUCCAUGGGCGGCUUUGGCAACAACAUCAUUGUGAGCCACCGGAUCCACCGCAGCUCUCAGACUGGUGCCGAGUCCACUGGAGCUGAGGGCACAUCAGCACAGCAGUCCACCUCACAGCAGCUGGCCACAGAGCUGGAGGGACGGAUCCUGUCAGAGUCUGUGCAGCUGCCGGAGCAAGGCCUGAGCCUGCGGACAGCCCCUAGCACGAGUGAAGGACAAAGCGCUGGAGAUCUGGACCUGCCAGAGCAGGCCCAGUCCUCCAUGGACACCGAGGGACCAAUUGAAUACAGUGACCUAACUAAUAAUAACCAUCUUCCUGACAGUACCAACUUCUAUAGUAAUGACAGCACCAGUGGGGAGUCGCGGAACAGGUAGAGAUUGAGUUGUGUGUUGGUGCUACCCUUGUACUGCUCAGCAGAGACCUGUACCUCACAGCUGGCCAGGAGUUGGAAGACUAGGGACGUGUGGCUCUGACAGGAUGCUGGUGGUUCAGAGGGCUUCUCUAUCCUGGGUUGGGGGGAAAGGGAUAAGAACUACAAGGGAAGCCGUGGGCAAAAAAGCAUACUUAACUUCCAACAUUCCCACUGCUGAAGAGUUAGCAGGAAUACAAACCACACUGUCUGCACAUCAUGCAAAUCUUGAAGCCCAGUGGCAUCCUCUGAGUUCAGCCCUAACCCUCCAGUUUGGUGUGUCAUCCUUUGUAAAGCUUCUUUCCUUUCCUGUUUCCAGCCCUUUUAUGCCCAAGGAACUGAUCAGUAGAGUGAAGAAAGGGAAGGGGGCCUGCAGCAUCCUUCUGGAGACAGGCAGUACUGGGCAAACCCAGGUGUGAUGCUCCAGCUCUGUUGCUGGAGUGGAGGAGUCUUCCAAGCCACAGUCCCUCUCCAUAGCACAGCACUGCUCCCCCCACCAGGGUGUGGUGUUCUGAGACCAGUCCUGCCUAUGCUGUGGUCUUUUCUGGGAAGAACUGGGCUUUGCCAAAACAUGCAUGGCUCAUGAUAUGCUCACAGGAGGGGACCUUUCCUUUUUAGAGAGCUAGUUUAGUACUUGGCAGGAAACUAAGCAGAGCUGCUGUAUAGAUGGGUAGAGGGACAGAGGCUACUACUCUCUAGUCAGGAUACAGUUCACACAAGGAUGUUCUAAGCUGUGCCAAUAUUAACGUGAAUGAGCCACCCCAGUGGUUUCAUGGUGCCAGGACUGAGCUGAACCUGCCUGGGAGGGUGCAGGAAAUGUCUUUCAGCUCCAGGCCAGGGUGUGAGGUAUCGGUCUGUGAUGUAAGGUGUUGCAUGUGAAAUCUUGACCUUGUACAUGUAGUUUCUAGUGGAGAAGUCAAGGCUCUGAUAUUUUGUUUUUAGUCUCAAAUGUGAUUUUCCUUUUCGUUUGUAACUCUCCAUCCCUAGCAGGCUUGUGGAGGAAGGACAGGGAGAGUGUGAGUGCUAACGAGGGAAACACCAAAGAUCAAUGUCAUUAAAAUAUGACAAACCCUU